CCGACCCAGCAAGAGCGCGGCCCGCAACGCCCAGCGCCGGGGGCACGUGCAGGUGGACGGCGCACGGGUGGACUCCUCCGCCGCCGCGCCCCCCGCGGGCGCGGUGCUCGAGGUGCUGGUGGGCAGCGUGGACGACCUCGCGCCUGGGCUGGCGGAGCGCGCGGCCGCCUGGAACCGCGGCAGGGGCGGCCGCGGGGAGAGCCUGCUGGGCGUCCUGCGCCACUGCCCGGAGGAGGGCUGGGCCGUCGUCCACAAGCCCGCAGGCCUGCACACCACCAAGGAUGGCCCCGGCUACAAGAAGCUGACCAUGACGCUGCAGUCCUACCUGCCCGCCCUGCUGCCGCCUCCCACGAGCGGCAUACACUGCCCGGGGCCGCGCCCUUGCCACCGGCUGGACCACCACGUCUCCGGGCCCGUGGUGGUGGCCACGGCCGUGGAGGCGCAUCGCAGCAUCUGCGCGGCAUUCGCGGAGCGCACGGUCCGCAAGGAGUACCGCGCGGUCGUGUGCGGGUCCGUCGGCGCCGCGGGCGACGUCUUCACAGUCGACGCCCCCGUGGACGGCAAGGAGUCGCAGACGGAGGUUGAGGUGCUCCAGACCGCAGCCUGCCCGCACUGCGGCACCCUCUCGGAGCUGGCCCUGCGCCCGCUGCAGGGCCGGCGCCACCAGCUGCGCCUGCACUGCGCGGAGGCCCUGGGCGCCCCGGUCGUCAACGAGGACGAGGGCAUCUACGCGCUAGCGGAGUCCGCGUGGCGGCGCCGCCACGGCGCGCCGCUGCCGCCCAGGGCGCGCCGCGGCGUCGGCGGCCUCUUCCUGCAGGCCGUCGCGGUGGCCUUCCCGCGCCCUGGCCGGCCUGGGGAGCUGGCCGCGGCGCGGGCGCCAGUGGCCGAGCG